AUGGCGGAAGAUGACCCUGCCCUCCUUGAGGCACUCUUUCAUCACCUUGUGCUCCCCCCCAAGCUCCCGCAGAAAUUCGAUGGCGAGAACAUCGAAAUGAAGAAAAGCCUUGGAGACCGGCUGCUCAACUCUUCGGGAAUCGUUCGCGGCGCCGGCGAUCCGAAAGUCUGGGAAAUCCUCAAAAAAUCGCUGGAGGCCAUCUAUGACCUACAUGCCGGCAAUUUCUCCCAAGAGGAUCUCUGGACGGCGCUCAUGAAUAUACGAGAUUCUGGUGGCACUGUUUGGCUUGCUAUUCACCUAGAGCCGCAGAACGCUGCUUUAAUCGUCCACAUGGAUGAUGGAGGAGAGAACGUGAUCUUUGAGGAGUUUGAGACCGCCGCACCGGUUGCGGAUGUUCUCAAGACCGAAAAUGCCCUCACCUGGGACUUUCCAAGCAGAGCUAUAGCGAUUCCGACCAGCGAGUUCACCGACCACUCCUUUAUCAACAACCUGACACUAUUUCUCGAAGAAGCAAGCUCAAAAUCUUUCGACAGUUUUGCAGCCCGCGCCAAGAAGGGAGGAAAGUCAGUCGUCGAGGUUCGCGACUGUCCCAGCUCCGCCCUCAUCAGCGAGAUACUCAUGCCUCUACUGGAAGGCAUCGGAAGCUCAGUGUAUCCCCGCCAACUACGUAAGCGGGUGCGCGAUGAUGUGGUCUUGGAUAAAUCCGAGAUGCCCUGGCGGCGUUUGCCGUACUGGCUGGUCCUUCGUGUCACCAUCAGAAGAAUAUUGUCCACCCUCCUGGACGAUGCUCAUGAGGCGAUGAGCCGAGUGUACUACAAAUUCAUCAUCUGCGCAGUACUAGCCGACCUUCUCAAGGACUGCGCGGGGUCCAUUCAGCCGGAAAUGACACUCAUGCUCCAGGCAAAGCUCUCUCGGCGCCUUGCCAAGCUUGAAUCUGAGAGAGAUUCUGCCUCUGGGCCUCUGCGAGAGGCAUACGACCAUUUCUUUACUCACAGAAGUGAAAAUUUUCACACCAUGUUGGCCGACGCCAGGGCGCAAGUCAACAGCUCAUGGGAUGAGUACAAGAAGAGUACCGUUCGGAACAUCCCCAUUCUCCCUGAUCGCACUUCCGACAAUGACCUUGUUCUCCAUUUGCUCAACAGUCGUGCGGCUUUCCAGAAACUCUUGUCCCACAAACCUAAAUGCGGUGAAUAUGCUUGGAAGAUUGAGAGAUUCAUUGACACAGUUGGAGACGCAUACAAUGGCAACUCGUUGUUGAUGAGUCGAUAUCUGCUUCAGCUAUUUGAAUUGUGGAUGCGCAUGGAUCAAGAAGUAAUCAAAGCCUACCCACUGCUGAAGGAUUACCAUCCGAUCUUUGUACCCAGCUCGCUGGAUGUACUUUGUCUGCGGACCAAGCAAGAGUUUGAGCGUCUCAGCCAAGUCCAGCAGUAUCUUGAUUCUCGUAUCAAUGCCCUCCCAUUAGACCACCAGACCAUCUUCGCCAAUCCUGUCAGGUCUGAUUCCUUCCCUCGCAACUUUGUUCACAACACUGUGAUUGGGAAAGGGUUGAUAACCCUCGGCCAACAAAUCGAUGCUGAGUCGCAGAAGGCAAAAUCUUCCAAGCAAUCAGAGCUUGAUAGGCUGACAAAGAAGUACGACAAUCUCACCCAAGAGAUCAAGAGCAUGGUAUGCGUCUGUGUUCGUCUUCGGGACGGAAGUAAGGACGUCAACGGCUGCAAGAGAUGCUGGAAGUUUCGAAACCGAAAGCGAAUCAAGAUCAGCGCCUAUGAAGAUCUGCUUCCCACCACUGGGACAACCGAAAAGACGGCACAACGGGCUGCCAUACUUUUCCAACUAGACAUGCCAGCCACCCUUUGCACAUACCGCAAAGCCGUCUGGAAGCUAUACAUAUUGGGGACGGCUCAACUGUCACACAAUAAACACGGCACUCCCAAGCUUCUAUUGGAAAACCUGGAGAAACUUCAAAAGUUCGCCAAAAGCCCAAGCUACAUAACUCUAGCGUCCAGCAAAAAGUCAUUCAGUCAGACUCACUACUCACAGAUGCGACUACCAAAACGGCCUUCGGAAGUCUUGUUUCCAUUUGGAGCAGAAUUUACUUAUUACGACACUUCGACUUCCACCUGGGCUGAUCAACUCCCCAAAGUUCCAUGGUUCCAGCAUCUGCUUGGCUCCUGGCUUCCCAAGGGUAUUUCAGAUCCCUACGCAUCUGGCCAGAGUUUCGUACAAGACGGCCGCCCCUACCAUCCCUCUUCCUACGCCAUCGUCGCCAAUGAGUUCAAUUGCCCCUCAGAACUAUCGGUACACGAGUAUUCUGCUUUUCAACGAGUAGUCUCGGCACGGGGCCGACGCUGGCUGGUCCUCCUCGUCGAGCUUGGAACGACCAAUUUUAACUUCAGCAGCGAAGUCACGAUGAAGCUAGUCAACCAUUUGGCUGUUCAGGCUGGUCCAGCAAUUCAUGAAACCGGUGUCUUGCGUGAAGCGCAUAGUCCUUUCGAUGAUGAGGCUUUCUGCAACAGACUGUAUGAGCUACUUCGGGGUCGGCUCGAUGCUAUAACAUCUAGCUGGAGGGAGGUUCAUUACAUGAACGUACUUGUAACAUUGAGUGUACAGCUUUACCAUCUGUGUCCCGAAGAGUUCCAGCCAAAGGCUGAGACACUGCUGGUUACCAUUCGAACGAUUACUUGUGGGUGGAUUGCCCACCUCCGGAAUGAGAUCCGCUCAACUUCCGAAAGCGAAGUCGCAAGCAAGUCUGCGACCUUUGCCUUUUGGGCCGCAUUACUCGGUCGUCGAACAUUCUGGGUCUACAAGGACGAUACACGCACUCUCAACGAAGAAGACGCUCGUAGCUUCUUCAGAGCUUCGAUCGCAAUCCAGGAGAAUCUCCUCACCGAUCUUGAUCAAUUAGAUCCGGUACUACGAAACCUCCUCAUUGAGGACUUGUCCAACUCGUAUGCCAUGCGAUAUCAGAUCGAAUACUGGUGGCAGGAGAAUUACACUCAGUUGGGAAGCUCCAUCAACGAGACGUGGACUGAUACAGGAAGCAGUAGCGAAAGAUCGUACUCUCAGUGGGUAUGCCUGACCGGCCAAGUUGGGUGGGUAACGUCUGAUGUUGCAGGAACACAAUGGACAUCGGCUCAGGUUGUACAUUACCACCUCCUUCAAGGACAUCUCAUUGUUGAUGGGAAGCCUCUAGGGAGACUACCUCUGCAAAUGACCCAAGACCCAGCCGUCCAGGAACUCUUCGGAGAACAGCAUCUACUCACCCGACCCUCUGGUCUUUUGGAGUAUCAGUUGGCCAAUGACAUUAUGGGUCAUCAGGUUCAUCUCGGCUUCAGAGAUGGUAAACUCGUGAUUCAGGCUUUGCACCGAGGGUUACUGCUUCAGUAUGUCCCACGAGACAUUUUCAAGGGCAGUAGUGGGUGCGACUUGCCCACAGAUCUUGUCGACCGCUGUGUACAUUGGUUAAACCUACGCACUGGCGAACUUGAGAUGCGCCGAAAACCAUGGAUCUGGAAGACGAAACAGUCUAAUUGGAUCCUCAACACAAGAAGUCGAGUCGCCAUCCGAAACCAGAGUAAGGGUAAUAUUCACAGGAAGGCAAGCCCGGGAAGCAAGCUUGUCGAGCCGAGAUCAAGCGUCGGUCAGAAGAUCAUGCUUAUCUUUCGACAUUUUGAAGAUGUCGACAAAUUGACCAUUUACCAACCGAUCGGAAAAGGAACAUUGUCUGUUGAAAUGAAACGACUCGAAAUUCGCUUUGCUGUCAACAACAAAGGAUUGUUGGAAUCUCCACAACUCAACGCUGAAGUUGAUCCCAAUCAGGAUGUCGGCACUCUUUACGGGCUUUCGAGUCAGAUUAUCCUGCGCAACAUCGUCAAUCCGGAGAAAAAGACAGUCCUUGUUCCGCUCGGUGAAAUAUGCUGGAAGCGCCGUACAAUGCAUGUGGACAUCAGAAUUACCAACUCAGGACAAUAUGCUAGCUUUUCUGUCGACAAGGUCUUGGGCCGCCUGGAUUGCGCUCCGGAGCCACUUUUCCUGUACCUGAAAGCCGCUCUGCAUGCCUUGACAUCAUUCCCCAUUCCAGAUGAUCUGACUCUCCGUACCGGGACUGAAGAGGCUCGGCACUGUCUUAGGGCAGCGCGCAGUCAACCUUGGAGUCCAUUGCGAAACCGUCCGCGGCAGAUCCUCUCUGUGCUCAAAUCUCUAUCGCCCAAGAGAUCGUACUACCCGCCAGGGAUAAACCUCUAUCAGAGCGUACAAUGGGACAAGAACCUCACAAUGUGCAUACAGCAUGAGGAGCUUGCCUUGCUCGUUGACUCGAUUCUUUCACAGUCGCAACAGCUCGAGGAUGUAAACAACAAGAGCGCCGCAGAUCUGGACAUUCAGCCACAGCAGAACAGCCCGGAUUUACUCUUUCGUCGAGGACGCACUCGCAGACAACUCUAUGAGCGUAUUUCCUCACCUUCCGACAUCUAUGCUCUGACAAGCGCUUCGGAACCCUUUUACUACAGCCCAAUCAAGAACAUGAAGGCGAAGGACAGCUGUCGCGUCUACCAGACAAUUUGUGCUUUGAGAGCCAAUUCCGAUGAUAUACCCAGACUCAAACGCCUGACACCACUUGUGGAGAAAAUGGCUGACAUUGGAGGCUUCGAAAACAUUUUGACUGUCACUGACGUUGAAACUCUUCUCAGUACCGAGAUUUCCCAGCUCUGGGCUUCCCUUGUACAGUUCUGUCGAGAAGACGGUCAGUCGCCAUCCUACGAUUCCCACUUUCUCCUCGCCCUGUUGGCCUUCGACACAGACAUUGAUUUGAGUCUUAUCCAAUGGCUGGUGGCUAUUUACAAGAACCCUCAGCUCAGAGCUCUUGAAGCUCCUGGUCAUUCGUAUUUUUCCGGCUUCCAUGCCUUUAGCAAGCCGUCGAUGGACAGCAUGACAUCACUCAUCGUUGCAAACCAGCCAACUCACAAAAAGUUUCGUGAAUAUGAUAGCAAAGGCAAGCUUCAAAAGACUAGGUUGACUGUUGGCGAAUAUCAGGAUAAACAAAUGGAGGAGGCCACACUCCUUGCAUCCCGGGUCCUAAAAGUCUGGCCUGACCCACUUCAAUCAGUCGAUGAGUUCAAGGAUGCGACCAGCGAUCUGGGCAUUAGAUACACCAACCUAGACAAGGCUUGGGAGAGCUUAGAGUUAGAACUUGAGAGGCUGUCGCACAAUCUGGAUCUUUCGAAGUACCUCGAGCAGCUUGACUUCACAGCUACAUGCCUCUUGCAACACCAAUUUGAUGACCAGAAGGUCGCACGGAAGAACGUCUGGUACUCUCAACCAAGCCCCCUGGCAGAUCCACCUGUGCAUGAGUCUGGCGAAGCGUACAGAUUGCCAAGCCUUGGUGAAGAUCUCAUGAGACUCAAGCAUGGAUUCGGACCUAGAGAUGUCGCCAGAGCAUCCAACGUGCUUGAGACAAGUUCUGACAAGCCUGCUCUGCAACACGAACCUACUCAGCAAAUCAUUGUAUCCUCUGCGACAUCCAUCCUACCUGAUAAUCUGUCAUCACUUGAACAGAUCAUCAACCGAUUUUCCCUAUCUUCGGAGACGACCAUCCGCAAGAAAUACAGCGAGGAUCUCCACACGUCACUGACAGCGAUGAUUCAAAAUUACAAUACAUCCUGUUCCAAGCCUAAACAGACAACACGGCCUAUGGAUGUCGAGAAAGAGUGUGUACAAGCUUACAAUGAGCUACACCAGUGGGAAGACAUCAUCCGGACCACGUUGACGAACCAGUUUCCCGUAUCCACGUGGCUGAAUGAAGGAGGUCUUUGGCCGUGCCUGUCUCGCGUGGCGCUGCUGGAGCAGCUGAGAAACAAAAACAGUGGAAACCUUAGCGUUGAGAUGAAGGCAGGAUUGGUACACUAUGGAAUCAUCAUCACGAGGUAUCAGCGGUUUCUCCGCCUACGCGAUGCAACCCUGUGUCGGGAUGACAGGCGCCUUCGCGAGAAUGAGGAACUGCAAGGACACUCGAACUGGAACCCCUUGGAUCAUCCGGAAUGGCUUCUAUUGGAGAUUGACAAUGACUUGCUCAUUCGCCCAUCACAAAUUGACGUUGCUAGAGCCGUCAUAUCUCCAACUUCUGCCUCAAACUCGGUUCUCCAAAUGAACAUGGGACAAGGAAAAACCUCUUGCAUCAUACCAAUGGCCGUAGCCAUGCUCGCCGACGGCAAGAAUCUCUGCCGGUUGGGCGUCCCGCGAGCUCUCCUCCUGCAGACAGCACAGGUCGUCCAAAGUCGAAUUGGCGGCCUCCUUGAUCGUAUUGUUCGCCACGUCCCAUUUUCGCGCCGCUCGCCUAUGGACCUGGCGAGCAUGAGACUUUACAAGGCGAUUCACAAAGAUAUCCGCGAUUCGGGCGGUGUUAUGAUUUGUCUUCCCGAGCACAUGAUGUCAUUCAAACUCAGUGGUCUUCAGCAACUUUUGGAUGGUGCGGUGAAGAGAGCUUCAAAGAUGAUGGAAACCCAACAAUGGUUGGAAGCACACAGUCGGGACAUCCUCGACGAGUCUGACUUCACCCUCUCGACAAAGACUCAAUUAAUUUACCCUAGCGGUGUGCCUAUGGCUAUCGACGGCCAUCCUCAACGCUGGCUUGUCGUGGAAGAGCUCCUGUCGCUUGUUGAAGGACACAUUCCCUACCUUCAAUCGCAGUUUGGCAGCGGCAUCGACAUCAUGCGGCGUCAUGAGGGCUACCCUAUCAUGCAUAUUCUGCGUCCAGAAGUCGAAGCAAGUCUUAUCUAUCUCCUUAUUGAAGAUGUCUGCCAAGGUCACCUCCCUCAGCUGCAAUUCAAGAGUGGAGACGAUAUUGACGCUCGUAGACUUGUGAGGGCAGUCAUAUCAGGCACGGUCAUCGAUCUACCGACGUGUCAACGAGCAGCGGAAUUUCUGACUGAUGAUGUUUUUGGUAUCAAGGUUCUUUACCUCCUCAAAGGUCUCCUCUCCGAAGGCUUGCUAUUGACCUGCUUGAAGAAGCGAUGGAACGUGCAGUAUGGCCUACACCCUAAACGAGCCCCCAUUGCGGUGCCUUUUGAAGCAAAGGGUGUGCCCUCGCUGACCGCAGAGUACGGUCACCCAGACACAACUCUGAUAUUGACCUGCCUAGCAUUCUAUCAGACUGGCCUUACCCAGGCCCAAGUGGUCCAGUGUUUGGAUCAUGUUGUCCGAUCCGACGACCCCACCAUGCAGUAUGAACGACUCAUCCAUGGGUGCAAGCUGCCAUCCCGCCUCGAAUGUUGGAAUUUUCUCACUUUGGAUGAUGAGGCUCAGAUGGAGGAUCUAUGGAAGCACAUGAGACUCAACACCAGCAUUGUGAACUACUUUUUGAACAACUUUGCUUUCCCGCAACAUGCUAAACAAUUUGGAGUCAAGCUGCAGGCUUCGGGUUGGGACAUUCCACUGCUGUCCAACGAUGCCGGCCCCUCACGCAAUCUGACGACAGGUUUCAGCGGAACGAACGACAACAAACGGCUACUUCCCCAGACGAUCAAACAGGACGAUUUACCCAGUCUGGUUCAGACGAACGCAGAAGUCCUCAGCUAUCUUCUGGAAGAGCGAAACCAGCGUUGCUACCAAGCAAUUGAUCCCAGCGGACGACACCUGACUGAGAAAGGUCUACUGGAUCUUCUCAACAAUCAGAAAAUCCGUAUUUUGAUUGACGCCGGAGCGUACAUCUUGGAAAUGGAGAACAAGGAUCUUGCUGCAGCCUGGCUUGAGAUCUGUCCCGACGCGCAAGGAGCUGUCUACUUUGAUAGCGACAGCAGAAUCAUGGUUCGGGCUCGCUUUCAGAAGAGUCCCAUUCCUCUUCUUGCAAGCUCUUUCGCCAACAAUCUCAAAGAUUGUGUUGUCUACAUUGAUGAGGCGCACACUCGUGGUACAGAUUUGAAGUUGCCUGUCGACGCCAAAGCGGCCAUGAGGCUUCGACAACUCGGAUCGACUCAAUCAGUUGCUUUCAUCGUGCCCCCGGAGGUGCACCGCAGCAUCCUCGACCUACGACCUGCCGAUGAGAAGAAGUUCUGGCCCAUGGCAUCGUCGGAUGUGGUAUACUGGCUUCUCGAGCAGAGCUGCAAGAUGAACGAAAAGAUGAUGCCCCUGCACACCACACAGGGAUUCGAUUUCUGCCAGCGCAUAAACGCCUUGUGGAAGUACGGCGAGUCCGCUAAGAACCCACCAGAGACGAAGCAGCUUCUCGAUGCUAUACAACAUCGCGAAGACCAAACCCUUGAACAGCUCUAUGGCCCGAGAGACCUCAUCCCCACCACUGAAGCCAUGGCGAAACUCGACUUCGAUUGCCUGAAGGGUUUUACUACUCGCUUGUGUGAGCAAAAGCUUGAUCUGUCAGGCGACUACACAACCGCGUUUGAGGAACUGGAACUGGAGAGAGAGGUGGAGUUCGAGUUUGAACAGCUGCGUGAGAAGGAAAAGCCUGUGAAGUACACCGCUGCGGUUUUCCCUGGUCUUGACCCAGCGAUCACUCGAUUUGUUACCACAGGAAGCCUUAGCCAAGGUGACAGCUUCAUCCAGGCUUUUGACUUUAUGAGCCGCACCAGGAUUGGGCGCAAAUUUGGUGUCCAAAGGACAUCGUCGCGUCUCUUUGUCUCAAGGGAGUUCACAAAGAGCAUUGCGAUCAAAGGAUACCAGGUAUCCCCAGACGUCAUGCGACCUGUGGAAUGGAUUCUCUGGAGCCCGUUGACGGAUACAGCUCUGGUCGUCAUCCCCGAAGAAGCUGAGCUGCUUCUAAUGACGCUCCGCACUUACGGAAAUCCCGUGUCGAUGUUAACCUACGCGGCGCCCGUUACAAAGACGAUGUGGCGUUUCAAUACGCUCAAUUACUUCACUAUUCCGACUCGAGACGACGCGCCUUCAUUUCCUCCUUGGCUAGCGAUUGAGACUGGUGUCUUGGCAGGACGAUUGUACUUCAGCUACAGCGAGUACGCGCAUCUCGUCUCAUGGUUGGGCAUCAACAAACGUGACUUACCCGCGGCCAUUCAAGAUGCGUCCUCGCUGGAGACGCAUCUCACCGCGCGUGGUCUUUUCAUUGACCGACCUCUGAAGUUCCUCCUGGAGUGGCUGACCUACCGACGUCAGACACAGGACAUCAUGCACACCCCAAUGGGCUUUUUGUGUCAGGGGAAGAAGCUCGAUCCUGGACAUUCCUUCUUUGCUUCCGCCACUACUUCUCAGGAAGUACACGAAGCGCGUCCUGACGUCGAGGGAGACGUCGACGCGAAAUCGGAUGCAGGCGUUAGCGAUGAUGGCAGUGACUGGGAUGAUGGUGAUGAUGAACUGAUUAUCCCAGACGAUGAGGAAGUGGAGGAGGAAUGGGAGGGUGGUGGUGACGAACUGAUUAUCCCAGACGGUGAGGAAGUGCUGGAGGGAUGGAGGUAG